AUGGAGCUCAUGGCCACAAUGGCCCUAGAUCGCGACGCGAUCAAUACCGUCACGCUUCGCUUGCUGCCACCGUCGGCCGCUCCCGGGGCAGCGGUGUCGUUGUGGCUGCUGUGGCACACGAUCCCGAUCACCGCCAGCCUAUCUCGCACGUUGAGUCGGCUCGUGUCGAUCGAGGCGUCUGCGAUGGCGCAGACGCCGCUGGACGACACCGCAGACACUGCAGCGAUGUACCACGCAGCACAUCCCUCGCACGAUCAAAAGGCGCGCUCGCCCUCCGCGGCCUCGGCGUCUUCGUCAUCGUCGUCCGCCUCGACGUCAUCGGCUCUUUCAACGAGGACAAGGCACACGUGCUCCACCGCGGAAGCCGAGAAGACGAGCUGGAUCGAGCUGGUGCGCGUGGGGUACGUUGUGAGCGAGAUUCACGCUUACUGCGUCCUCUUAAAGUGCCGCCGUGCGGCGCAGGCGGCAAGGUUGAAAGCAGCGUUGGAGGAGGGCGCUGCGCUGGGCUUGACAGCGCCGGUGGAGUACGUGAGUGACGCGCGGCCAGUCGUCGUCACGCACUGCGCCUUCGCAGAGCGCCGAGGAAAGGUGGAGGCCGUCGGCCCCGAUGACGCGAGUACCACCGACCACCACCCACCUCGUGCAAGCGCUCGCUGGUGCACCGGCGACCACAUGGUCUCCCUAUGGGAAGCGAUCGCUACCGUGUACCCCGUCCGCGGCAACGGCAACAGUGGUGAUGAUGGCGACGGCGACAGUGCCUCGGAUGGCGACGGCGAGCAUCACGACACUCGCGGGUCGCUACAGCGGCAUCAUCGGUAUCACCAUCAUCCACACCAUCUGCAGAGCAGCCCGCACACCGCGUCCUCUGCUCCUGUUACGCCUUCUCCAGCGCGGCAGUCGCCUGCUGCAUCUUCCGUCAUGCGUAAGGGCGCCGCACCGCCACCGUCGCGGCACGCCCCCACGGUCACCGCCGCCGCGGCAGCGUCCACACCGAAGCACAUGCCAUUGUCUUCGGCGACGGCAGUGGGGCGAGCGUCGCCGAGCCGGCCCCCACACAAGCCGCCUCAUUUCCCCCUCGCCGGCCGCGGCGGUGGUGGCCUUGGCUCGCUGCGGAGUGGCGACUUCUGCACCAUCUGCCUGGACCCGCUUUACCUCAGCGCCUGCGUCACAACGCUCUGCCAGCACUCCUUCCAUUUGAGCUGCUACGCGCAGCUUCCGUCCGGGUCGGCGGAGUGCCCGCUCUGUCGCUUCUCCGUGUACGACCUGCUCAAUGAUGCGCGCUGCAAGGUGUGCGGCACGUACGAGGACCUGUGGGUAUGCCUAAUCUGCGGCCACGUCGCGUGCGGCCGGGCGCGGCGCGAUCAUCAGCAGAAGCACUACCAUGCGUCGGGGCACUCCUGCUCGUGGCAGAGCACCACGAAUCGCAUGCGAAACUUGAGCUCCCGCAUGUUUCUCCACCAGGAGGUGGCGCUGCUGCUCGACGAGGGCGGUGCCGACGAUGCGGCGACGGCGGACAGUCCGCACAGCAUCGGUUCCACUACGCAGCUCCGCAGCGCCGAGGCCGGGACGUCUUCAGUGGAGGCAGCGACAACCGCGAUGGGUGCGACACUGUCGCCCUCUGGCGCGGAUCGCGUGCGGUACAGGUCGUGGAGCGACUCGCUGGUGGACUCCGACCUCCAGGAGGCGCUGAACGAGAGCAAGGAAGAGGCGGUGGCGCAGUACUACACUCAGUUCCUCCGUCAGCUGGCCGAGGAGCAGCAGCGGUGGUACGAGGCAAGGCUGGCGGAGCGACGCCGCCGCCGGCACGAGAGGCAGAUGGCGGCGGUCGCCAUGGCUGGUGGACGCCGCGCAGAAAACGCGUCGUCACCCGCAGCGGAGUGGUUGUCACACGUCGCACCAUCGGCGCACACCGCUCUGCAGUGCAUUGCCCUGGACGAGCGGCGGCUGCGCCGUCGCGUGUUCUCCGAGUACGUGCAGGCGACCAUCAGCCUCCUUCAGGCGGCCCAGCGCGAGUAUGCCGGCAUGGCUCACAUGCUCAGGGCCGUCCGCGAUGAUGCGCAGCAACAGGUGCUUCUCCGGUCGCACUUCAACUCCGGACUUAUGGCGCAGGUGGAGCGAGUGCGCCAGCGCACACGAGAGUUGCAGCGCAAAGGUGCAACGGCCGCACAGCAGAAGGCGGCUGAGGAGGCGGAGCUGCAGCGUCUCGUGGAUGAGGCGUUGUCGUCGCUGUGA